AUGGCUUCCACUCUCAACUCGACGCCGGCUGCGAACAGCUCAGGCAAUCCCAACAACCCCUCUCAGAACCCUGGAAGACCAACUCUCAGAUCAAGCGCCAACUCCAAGGCAGACGGCCGCCGACAAUCCGGCAGCCCUGGUGACGCUGGUCAACGACGCUCCAACUCCCACAAGGCCUGGUCUCAAGGGACGAACCCCAUCACCCAACGCUCCUCACACGCCUCAUCAAACGGAAACAUGGCGCAGAAGCAGUCUGGUUCCCCUCGCCCGGGCCAGAAGGAAUCCAACACUUUCGACAACCAUGCGCAUGACCGAUUGGUUUUCUUGUUUGCCACUUUCAUUGGUCUGCCUACCACCAUAACUACGAAGAAUGGAGACAAAUAUACCGGCAUUUUCUCGUCCUCAACUCUCGAGGCCAGCGAUUCGUCCUUCCUUUUGAAGAUGGUGCAGCGUGCCUCUCAGGAAAACCAGCCCAAGUCCAACGGCGUGAGCGAUGUGACAACUCCGUAUCUUGGUGCUACUCCGGAACACAGCAUGGCCUUUGAUGUGAAGGACAUCGCAGACAUUUCAGUCCCCAAUGUAUCACCGGCAGAGGUGUCGGCGAAAGAGACAAAUGGUAAGCGCAAAGUCACAAGGCAAUUCCGAUCGAUGAUUGACAUCUUCUCCUUAGGGGCAGCCAAAUUCAGAACCGAUGCUGAUAUCUCGGGUAACCUGGCCAUGCGGGAGCGCACCUUGCAACGCUGGGAGCCCGCUGAACACGAAGUCGAUAUGUCUCUGGAUAGCUCGAUGGGACACACCGCUGGAUGGGACCAGUUCGCAGCGAACGAGAAGCUCUUCGGCGCGAAGACUGACUACGACGAAAACAUUUACACAACUUCGCUCGAUCGCAGCUCUCCUGCUUAUCGUCAACAGGCGGCCUCGGCAGCCAAGAUUGCUGCGGAAAUUGAGGGCGCCAGUGCCGACAAUCCUCACAUGCGUGAGGAGAGAGGUCAAGUCGCGCCCGACACCGGUGAUCAGGAUGAAGAGGAUAAGUAUAGUGGUGUUCGUCGUGAGAAUAAGAUCUUUCCUCCUCUCCUCUCUGGACAGCCAAACAAAUACACCCCACCGGGGCGCCGACAAGCUGGAGCACCUCCAGCUGCUGCCCAGAAACCAGCUACUCCGGCCGCUUCGGCCGCUACUACUCCUCCUGCUACUGUUCAGCCCCCCGUCACCGAGAGUGCUCCAAAGGACCAAGUAUCGACUCAAUCAUCUGCCAGCACUGGAACUGAGCAGAAGUCCACUUCUGCCAAGAUUAGCUCCGACACCCCUGGCACCUCUGUGAAGCAGCGUACUGUUCCCGAGAAUGUCACUGCUAAUGUCGAGACCGAAGUGCUGGAUCACUUCCGCCAGUUUGCCAACAGUGAGAAGAUGAAAAUGCAGGAACGCCGUCGCAACCAAGCCAGCUAUGACCGAACUCUCAAGCUCAAUGAGUUGAUGAAGUUUUCCCAGAACUUCAAGCUGCACACCCCGGUUCCCAAGGACUUGGUUCCCAUUCUAGCCAAGGAUCGCACCAAGCAAGAAUCCAUUAUCAAUCGUGUAUCCGAGGACAAGACCAGCCCGAAGAUCUCUCCUCCAGCCGUCGCCGUCGAGCAGAAGCCACAAGCUGGACGAGGCGGCCCCACUGGAGCUGUGCCCCCAGCCGCUCCCGCAGAUCGCCAAAAUGCUUUCCCCCGGAACCGCCAAGUGUAUGCCCCCACCGGUCCACAUGCGGCUGGAAAUGGAGCUGGAGGCCGAUUCCCUCAGCAGCCCAUGCAGCCCGGUCGUCCUAGUGCCGGUAUGCUCAGCCAUCGCUUAGCGGAUAACCUUCAGCAGCGCAAGGGUGCAGGCAUGGGCCCGGUUCCCACACCCCUACCAAUUCAGGAUGCUCGUGGCCCACCUACCGGUCCUGCAAAUGAGCAGCCUCGAAUCACUAGCCCUGUGAAGAGCCAGGCUCCCACAUCUUCUCUCGCUUCCAAGUUCAAUGUCCGCGCGAUGGAAUUUAAGCCCAAUCCUGCGGCAAGCACCUUCACCCCGGGUGGCCCUCCGAGCGCCGCUCCUGCCGGUCCUGCGAGCAGCACCAACGCGGCUGCCGCCAGUCCUCGACCAUUCUCGCGCAAUCGAUCGGCCUCUCGUGCGACAACUCCAUCUGCAUUCUUCGGCAACAAGAAACCUCUGCCCAUCUCCGAAAGACCUUCCAUCGAUAACCAGUUCAAUCCGAUCAAACGCAUGAAGAAGGAGAGCAGUGAUAAUGCGGAGAAAUCCUACGCAUUCAACGGGAGUAUUCCCCCCCCUUACAAGACGCUCCCAACAUGGGAUCACCCAGACGCGAACCAGGACAAGACUUUUGACCAGAUGUUCAAGCACCCCGGUGGCAUCCAGUCAGUUUCGCCCCAAGGACGGUCUGCCUCGAACAAUCCCCAUCUGCCUCAACAACACCAAAUGCCCUUCCACCCAGGUAUGGCUCCUGCUUCGGGUCCCCCUAACGGACCCCACCUCCAUCAAGGCCCACAUGGCCCCGCGUCUGGCCACAUGGACGAUCAGCAUCGCAUGCAGAUCUCCGCGUCGUCGUCCCAGGUCUUCCCGUCCCCUCGCAUGCAGCAAAGCGGCAUGGGAUAUCCAUCCCCCAUGGGCCCUCAUGCCCAAAUGGCAUUUGGACAACCGGUGCCGGGAUUCUACGGUGCCCCUCAGCCUGGCCACCUGCCCCGAUACCAAGGUGGACCCCAAUUCAUGAACUCGGGCGUCGCUAUGGGAGGAGCCCCAAUGAUGCAACAACCUUCUAACGGUCCCUACAUGGGCGUUCCCCAGGGAAUGUCGCCCUAUAACCCACAGAUGCCGAUGUACUCACCUUCCCCAGGUCACGCUUACCCCCAGCAUGCUCCUCCCCCACAGCCACACAGCGGUUAUCCCAGCCCAAGCCGUGGCGCGCCCAUGAUGAUGCAUCAAAACUCGCAGUCCGGUCAACCUCCGCAGAUGAUGUUCAUGCCGUCCGGUCAACCCGGCCAGCCAGGAUAUGGAGCUCAGCAACCCGGGCACAGUGAGUUCAUCCUUCGCCCUAUCUGGGUUCACGCGGCUUACCCAACCAUCUCAGUGCCCUCAGGUCGUGGCGGUUACGCCCAGCAGCAACCUCACUUUUCCUCCAGUCCACACCAGCCGCAUCAUUUCCCUCCGAAUCAGCACCGAACGCCCAGCAAUGGAUUUAACCAGGUGCCUCAGAUGCCUCCUCAAAUGGCCAACAAUGCGGGUGCCAACGCUGCUGCUGGCUCCCACUCAGCGGAGCCAACGGACGAGGGCAAAUGA